GGAGUCUUCACGAGAUAUCAGUAAUAAACAGUUACUUAUGACCAAACCCGUCAUGUGGGGACACAACCAUUAACUCUUGUUUUCACUCAAUUCAAUAACCUUAAAACUCCGAUAUUAUUCUUAUUAUCCCCGAACACUGCAUGUACAAAAAAAACACAAUCAUUUCACUCUGUUGUUAUUCAUCAAAUUCUUCAAAUCGUGUGUAUUUUGAUUGAAGGUAGAACAAAAUGGCCGAAGGUGGUCAUCAAUUAGCAGACAAAACAGAGUUCACAGAAUGUUGGCGAAGAACAACCGAAUCACCGUAUCUCAUGCGUCUUGCUUUAUCAGCUGGUAUUGGUGGUCUUUUAUUUGGUUACGAUACAGGUGUGAUUUCUGGUGCUUUGUUAUAUAUCCGUGAUGAGUUUGAUCAAGUUGAUAAGAAAACAUGGCUUCAGGAAACCAUUGUUAGUAUGGCUGUUGCAGGAGCUAUAGUUGGUGCAGCAUUUGGAGGAUAUAUGAAUGACAAGAUGGGAAGGAAGAAAACUAUUUUAAUGGCAGAUGUGGUGUUCGUUGCAGGUGCAUUAGUUAUGGCUGCUGCUCCAGCUCCUUGGGUUAUCAUUAUCGGAAGAGUUUUAGUUGGCUUAGGAGUUGGUGUUGCAUCCAUGACUGCUCCUCUAUACAUCUCAGAAGCUUCCCCUGCUAAGAUUAGAGGAGCAUUGGUUUGCACCAAUGGUUUACUUAUAACAGGAGGUCAAUUUCUCUCUUACCUCAUCAAUUUGGCAUUUACCAAGGCUCCAGGAACAUGGCGUUGGAUGCUUGGAGUGGCAGCAAUCCCCGCUAUAGUGCAGUUCGUAUUGAUGUUGUCCCUCCCUGAGUCACCUAGAUGGCUCUACAGGCAGAGCAAGGAGGAGGAAGCAAAGAUUAUUCUGACAAAAAUCUAUCGCCCCGGUGAAGUUGCAGACGAAAUGAAAGCCAUGCAUGAAUCCAUUGAAGCCGAGAAGGCAGAGGAAGGCUUGAUCGGUCAUAGUCUUGCACAAAAACUAAAGGGUGCUUGGUCUAAUGACGUAGUUCGAAGAGGACUCUACGCAGGCAUUACUGUCCAAGUUGUUCAACAAUUUGUCGGUAUUAAUACAGUCAUGUAUUACAGCCCAACUAUAGUUCAGUUUGCAGGAAUUGCCUCCAACUCCACAGCACUUGCACUCUCCUUAGUUACUUCUGGUUUGAAUGCCGUUGGCACUAUAUUGAGCAUGAUUUUAAUUGAUAGAUUUGGAAGGAGAAAGUUGAUGCUAAUCUCCUUGAUUGGUAUCUGUGUUUCACUUGUAAUGUUAAGUGUUACAUUCAACAUAGCAUCUCACCAUGCACCUGCAAUCAGUAAACAUGAUUCCCUUAGUUUUGGUGGGAACUCUACAUGCAAUGCUUAUGCAACGGCCCCUAAUUUCUCGUCGUGGAAUUGCAUGAAAUGUUUGCAUGAAGACUGUGCCUUUUGUGCUAAUACCCAAAGUGAAUUUCAACCAGGAGCAUGCUUGGCAGCAGGAAAGAAUAUCCGAGGCAUGUGUCGUGCACAAAAACGUGUAUGGUUUUCCCAAGGUUGUCCAAGCAGAAUUGGAAUCCUUGCAGUUGUAAUCCUUGGACUAUACAUCAUAGCAUAUGCUCCUGGAAUUGGAACAGUGCCUUGGGUUCUAAACUCGGAGAUUUAUCCAUUGCGGUUCAGAGGAAUAGGUGGAGGUAUAGCAGCAGUUUUCAACUGGUGUGCCAAUCUAAUUGUGAGUGAGUCAUUCUUGAGCAUGAUAAAGGCUCUAGGAACUACCGGAACAUUCCUCCUCUUUGCAGGGUUCUCUUUGAUUGGCCUUGUAGCCAUUUAUUUGUUAGUGCCUGAAACCAAAGGCCUUCAGUUUGAGGAGGUUGAGAAAUUGCUUCAAAAAGGGUUUAGACCUUUCCCAUUUAACAAGAAAAAGGAUGACGACAAAGGGAAGGAGAAAGUGCAAGAGAUGGCUUGACUGUUAUGUCAUUUUGUUCAACACAAAACUUGUUGUGUUUGGAUUAACCGUAGAAAUAUGUUAUAAUAAAUAUCAACUAUGUAUAAAUCAUUUCAAUUUUCGCAGAAGUUGCAUAUUGUAUACAUAAAAGCAUAUUUGUAUACAAUGUUGUAUAAAUGAUUUCAAUUGUCACAAAACUUGUUUUGUUUGGAUUAACUGUAAUAGAAAUCUGGAGGAUAUAAACCAAACUAAAUAAAAAUACACUGUUAGUUUUUAGAGUUUGGACUA